AUGGUCAAGGCGCUGGGCGAUUGCGGGCGGAUUGGAUCGAGCAAGGCGGUGUUUGAUGCGAUGCCCAAGAGGAACUGCAAGACGUGGGCGAUGCUGCUGCGGGGAUUUGCUCGCGGCGGAGAGAUUGGGCGAGCGAGAGAAGUGCUGGAUCGGAUGCCCGAGACGAAUGUGGUAGCGUGGACGAUCCUCGUGCAGGGUUUCGCGCAGCACGGGCGAGUGGGCGAUGCGAAGGCCGCGUUUGAUUCCAUGCCCGAGAAGAACAGCAUCACUCGCGCGGUGAUGCUCGUCAUGUUUGCGGAGAAUGGAUUCGUGGAGGAGGCGGAGGAUGUCUUCCAGGAGAUUGUCCACCGAAACGCGAUCCUCUGGGGGGCGAUGCACUGCUGCUAUGCCCAAAAUGGGGAUUUGAUUCAAGCCAAGAGUUUGUUUGAUAGGAUGCCUCAGCACAGCAUACUUUUGUGGACGAUUAUGAUCAAGUCAUACGCACAAAAAGGCGACGCUGAUCAAGGAAAACAAUUGUUUGAAGCAAUGCCACACAGAGAUCUUGUUUCAUGGAACUCGAUAAUCGCUGUUUAUGCCCAGAGAGGUCGUUUCAAAGACGCUAUACGAGGGUUCUUUGUGUUGCUGCUGGGAUUCCUAUUUAUGGAACACAAUUCUCGUGGCAUACGCUUUAGAUGCAAAUAUUUGUGA